AGCUAGUUGCAAGACACAGCAUGGCGCUCCGUCGGCUCUUUCAGCUCUCCUCAGCCUUCCGCUCGUCUGUGAGUGUGACUCUGCGCAGGAACAUCGGCAUCUCUGCUGUCCUUUUUAACCGGGCUAAAGAUCUGGACCCUGUACAGAAACUCUUUCUGGACAAAAUCCGUGACUACAGCGUCAAGAGCAAGAGCUCAGGCGGAGUGGUCGAUGCCGGUCCCAGCUACCAGAAGAACAUGACGGAAGAGAUAAGCAAAUUGCAGAGGUUAUAUGGAGGAGGUGACCUGACUAAAUUUCCCGACUUCACGUUCACAGAGCCCAAGCUGGAGGAGGUGGCCAAGUGAGCAGCCCUCAAACUGCGUCUGUCAUUCAGAGUGAUGAAAAUAAUUAUUUAAUAAAGCCCUUGGUUGAAAAA